ACUGAACCCCACACUGUGUUGUCUGAUGCGUUAAACGCUUCUCCUCGCGGCGGAGUACGGGGCCUGACAUCCCCUUCCUCCUCCCGUCGCUGGAUCCGCCGGCGCCUCCUCCUCCUCCUCCUCCUCCCCCGCGGUCGCCUAACCUCGCCGUCCGUGCGCAGCUUCUCCCCCUUACCGCCAUAAACUGCUCCAGCAAACUGCCGAGAAGUGGGCCGCUCAGAUCGGAGUCGCAGCAGCGGCGCGGCGGCGAUGGCGAUCCGACACUACUGGUCGAUGGCCGCGGCGGCCGUCGGGUUCCGCCUCGCCCUCGUGCUCUUCGGCGGCAACCUCCACCUCGCCUCCCGCCCGGAGGUCUCCACCCCGCUCACAUCCCUCCGCCGCCUGGCAGAAGGCUACUGGCUGAAGCAGGCGUCCAUGUCCCCCUACUCUGGUUCGAUGUAUCAUGGUUCCCCUUUGCUGCUAUCUGUUCUUGGUCCGUUAACCAGCAGCAAAAGGUCAGGGGGACAUCAUGCCCAUAUAUAUUGCAGUUUGGUUUUUGUGGCUGUAGAUUUUCUAGCGGCUAUGCUCAUUCGAUCAACUGGGCGUAGACUCCAAAUGGCACGGAACAGAAGCUUGAAGUCUCUUGACCUCACAAGAUCAGUAAACAGUUCAGUUAAUGUAAGCUCCGGGGAUGCUGCUUCUCUAAUAUAUUUGUGGAACCCUUGGGCAAUAAUCACUUGUGUUGGUUCAUGUACAUCACCGAUUGAGAAUUUAAUGGUCGUGAUAAUGAUAUAUGGAGCCUGUUCACGUCUUGCGCCUCUUGCUGCCUUUGGAUAUGUUAUGGCAACACAUCUUUCUCUCUAUCCUGCAAUUCUCAUAUUACCGGUAACUCUUUUAUUGGGUUAUGGUCCAGAUAGUCCUCCACCAAAAGUAUUUCUUCUAAAAGGUUUGAGUGCCAGUAAAGUUGGCAUGCCAGAGAAUGAAAUAAGUACUGGCCAAAGAGAUUUUCGCCAAUUCGCAUGGAAACCAGUACUCCACUUCACAUUGUGGGUUUUUAUCUGGUCAUGUUAUGUGCUGUUAUUGAGCAGCAUAAUUCUAAAUAAUGUGGGCGGUCGUCAGGAGAUGUUUGAAAAAACUUAUGGUUUUAUACUUACGGUGAAGGACUUAUCACCAAAUAUUGGUGUGUUAUGGUAUUUCUUUGCUGAAGUCUUCGAUGUCUUCAGAAACUUCUUUCUUAUAGUCUUUAAUAUGAACAUCGUUUUUAUGGUCUUGCCGUUGGCCAUCCGUUUAAAGCAUCGACCGUGCUUCCUUGCCUUUGUUUACACAGCAAUUGUUGCAAUGUUGAAAUCUUAUCCCUCGGCUGGAGAUUCAGCUCUAUAUCUAGGACUUCUGGGCCUAUUUGCCAAUGAAUUAGCAGAGAUGCAAUUUACCUUCUUCUUGUUUUUUGGAUAUAUUGGAGUCUCUCUCCUGAGCCCUGUCAUGCACAACCUAUGGAUCUGGAGGGGUACUGGUAACGCAAAUUUCUACUUCGCCACCGGUUUGGCUUAUACCUGCCUUCAGACGGUGUUGGUCGUAGAGAGUGUAAGUUCAAUGAUAAAACAUGACAGGAAACUGAGACUACUUGUAAAAGCUUAACUUCAUUCCUCGGAAAUCAAACAUCUCGGAUGCUUUUCCUGCUGGUUCUCUUGGACGCAAAGUUGCAACCGGUUUGUCGUUCUGGGUUUGGAGUAGAUGUACUUGAUAAUUUUCCGUUGCUCGUUGCAUUUUACCUCCUGCAUUUGUACAAUAUACAUGGACCAUGAUUUUUUUAAACCAAGAUUAGGGGAAAGAAUUUAGGGUUCUCCCUCUAAGCUAACAGUAGUUGGUUACCUCGUGGAUCCUUGAUACAAUCUGUACCGGUUUGUUAGGUAAAGAUGAACUGUAACAUAAUUGCAUUUGAAUACCUCUUUCCCGCAUUUUCAUCCUGGUGAAGUCAAAGGUGUAAUAGUCACUCACACGUUGCUGUUU